AUGUUGGCACCCAAAGGUGUUUUCACCUUCAUUUUGGUCCUCGUUUCGUCUCAUAGAGCGUAUUCGUCUUGUGAGCCAGAAAUCUCUUAUCCAGCUCCUGUAUACAGUUUGAAUACUCUGAAGAGUACAUUCCAAGAGAUCAACAGCAGCCUCAAUAAGCUGAUCGAAGCUGGUGCCUAUGAUGGAAGUUCCUUCUCAUUGGAGAUUUCCUCUCCGAGCCGGACUCUAUAUACCAAAUACCACUUCGACAAGUCUCUGGGAGGAAGUCCGAUCAACGGUUCCUCAGCGUAUCGGAUUGCCAGCAACACAAAACUGUUUACUGCGUUGGGUAUCUUGAAACAAGAGGCAGCGGGAAAACUUGGGCUUGACGACGAGGUGACAAAGUAUAUUCCGGGGCUUCUCAACGAUACAAGCAAAAUCACCUGGAAAGGAAUCACUAUUCGAUCCUUGUUGGCCCACCUGAGUGGCCUUCCGAACAACUAUGGCGAUGAAGAUUUGGUCCUUAUGCUCUCUGAUCCAUCCGUAAUCGGGCUUCCUCCAUUGGACAUAGACGAACGAAACAAUCUGCCAAAAUGUGGUGCUUAUAGCGGAUGGACUAUUGCAUGUACGAACGCAGCUCUCGAUGAAAAUCUUCACAACGUGAAUUCGGUGUUCCCUUCCCAGAAGGAAACAUCUUACAGCAAUAUUGGAUUUGACCUCCUUGGUCAAGUUUUGGCGAAGGUGACCAAUAUGAAGUAUGAAGACUAUAUCAAAGAGGCAAUUUUCAGACCCCUUGGCAUGCACGAAACGUCUUUCACCGUCCCUGCAGCUUCAGUCGCCGCUAGCGCUGGAUCUGGCUCUGACUGGGGUGUGGACGAAGGCGCCGAUAAUCCGAGUGCCGGGAUCUACAGCUCCUCUUCGGAUAUGAUCAAAUUCCUUCGCUGGGUCCUCAAGAACUAUGAAAAAGUCACUCCAUCAAUCAACUGGUUCCAGCCUGCAGCUUGGAAUUCUGGAUCUCACUCGCUUCUUGGAUAUCCGUGGGAGAUCUUCCGGACUACCUCGAUCCUUCCAAACACGAAACGUCCCGUGACAUUCUACACAAAGGGUGGGGGUCUCACAGACUACUAUACUUACAGUUUUAUCAUCCCACAGUAUGACCUUGUGGUUUUCAUGGGCGUGGCCGGAGACUUGUCUGCACUUAACACGAUAUUCACGGAUGUUCUGAACCCACUCGUCAUCGCAGCAGAGUCUGAAGCACAAUCCCAGUUGAGUAUAUCAUACAGAGGAGUCUAUACCUCUACAGAUCCAAGCUUGAAUUCUUCGAUUACUCUCACUCAGACCGAGUCGCGGUCUCUGUACAUUUCCUCCUGGAUCUCGAAUUCCACGGACGUUUUGGCAAACCUGAUCCCCUUCGUGUCCUCCACAGCUGGUACGAAUGGCGAGAUUUACUUCCAGCUCCUCCCUACCUUUCAAGCAAGGCGCGCGCAUGACGGUCGAGUUGGUGAAGUGUGGCGGCUUAUCAAUGUGAUUGAUGAUUAUGACGACCCUACAAACUCCACAACAGUCUGGAAUGACUAUUGCGUGGCUAAUAUCGACCCUUUUUCCUAUGGAACGAUUCCUCUAAACGAGAUUGUGUUCUGGAGGAACUCUAGCAACCACAGAUCCACGGUGGAAUCCGUGGCACUUUCGGCAUUCAAGGUCGAUCUGCGUCGAAAUUGA